AUGGUGGCGCCGACGACGACAGAGCCUUCCGGCUCGGCUCCAGACGACGACCCGCCUCUUUUGGCAUCUGCAGACGACGGAGCCCAAAGCUGGCAACCGAGCAACAAUUCUUCGUGGGAUGAUUGGCAGUGGGACUAUAGUGGUCAGCAUAGCUCCGGUUGGGAUUCCUGGGGGAGUCAGAACUGGGGUUCGGGAGACCGAUGGUCCUGGCAGCCAUGGGGUUACUACAACAACUACCGUAGUGCCCAACAGCAUCAGGGAUCCUGGGGUGGCAGCGAUCCUUGGAGUCAGUAUCACCGAAACAAUGAUGUCGAGCACCAAGCACAACGCGAGCAAGAUCAGACCUCAGACGAUCAUCCUGCCUCCAACGACCCUUCAAGCACCGAUGAAGUUUCCCAGGACUCGCAGAAGGUUACAGCAUCCACUCAGAUGAGCACCGAGGCAACCAGAACCUUUUCACAUCAGAGCAGGAAUGGCUCCCUGGCUUCGGAAUCUUCUGCCAAGUCGGAUGCAAAAGGUUCUUUCAGCGAAAAGAUGGCGGUUCCUUCUUUUGGCGCAUCAGGGAGUGGGGAUGAGCUAGGUUUGACAGCGCGUUCCUAUCUCAGACAAGUUGAAGCUUGGAGCAAGGUUACACGUACGGCACCGUCGCAGCAAGCACUUCUACUUUAUCAAAACCUUAGCGGUAGAGCAUGGGUUGAGUCUGAAGAGCUCAACGUGGAGGACCUGGCUAGUGAGAGGGGGCUUCAGAUCUUCAAGUCCUGGAUCAGGGAGCGAUAUCAGGAGGUUGAAGUGAGCCGCAUCGCAGAAACGCUCACCCUUUUUUUCAAGAAGAUGAAGAGACAGUCAGGGCAGUCAAUCAGGGAAUUCAACUCGGUUUUCGAUCGUGCACAUUCGAGACUUCUGGAGAUUGAUUGCAAGUUGCCGGAGGUAGCUAGGGCGUGGGCUUACCUGAAUGCUCUCGGGCUUAGCAACACAGAAGAGCUUUCUUUGUUGGCUUCAGUUGGCAAUGACUAUAGCACGGCUAAGUUGCAGAAGGCUGCCAUCCUACAUGAGAAGUCGCUUCGAGGUCCAUGGGUUCCGAAACCUAAGGGCGAAGGUAAAGGGACUAAGAGCACCUUUAUGGCGGUGAUCGAUGAGGACGAUGCAACCAGGAACGCCGCAGAGCAUGAUCAAGGUGACGACACCGAGGAACUUCUCUCUGAGGCAGCGGCGGUGGAACUUCAUGAAGCCUAUGUUGCCCAGGAAUCAGCCAAAGCCCGCUAUCGUGAUGUCGUUAAAGCCCGAGGAGUUGACCCCGAAUCCCUUAAGAGAAAGCCUGCUGAUGAGGGAUCUCGACUCCAGCUCGAUGAUCGUUUGGCCCAGGCUAAGCUGCGCAGUUACUGCGCUGGCUGCGGCCGUCGCGGGCAUUGGCACAAAGACCCGGAAUGUCCCAACAAUCAAUCCGGGAACGCUCCUGCUAAGCCCAGGAACCCGCAGGAUCACCAGGUGCAUGCUACCUCGGUCUGCUCCGGGACGGUUCCUGUAGUUGUCGAGGUCGCCUACAUGGUCGGGGAUCUCGGUGGGGAUCGACUUCUGGCGAUUACCGACACCGCGUGUUCGAAAUCAGUCAUGGGACAGGGUUGGCUUGAGUCGUACGUGAAGCUUGCAAAGGAGGUUGGCAUUGAAGUUCAGUUUUUGGAUUGCCACGAUGAUUUCCGAUUCGGAGCCUCGAAGCUUUUCCAUGCAAGCUACUCGGCCACCAUCAUGAUCCAGAUCAGGAGCCGGACUUUUAUGUUGAAGGCCUCAGUGGUCCAAGGUGAAGUCCCUUUGUUGAUGAGUCGCAGUGCUUUGAGCAAGCUUGGGAUGAUCUACGACGUUGAGGAACAUUCGGCAAAGUUCAGGAAUCUUGGGAUUGAGAAGUAUACCCUGUUGACCACUGACAGUGGCCACCCAGCGAUCCCAGUGUCACCGAGACGUGUACCGGGACUCAAGUGGCCUUCGCCCCAACAGUGGGCAGGCUCCGAGGUGAUCAUUGUUCCUUCGGCGGAGUCGCAAUACAUGUCUUAUAUGGUCAACUCUGGACGCAAUCUGUUCUACCCGAAGAAGAUCAAUGAUUGCGUGCGGAUUGUUCGAUCCGACGAAAUGGAUUACAUCGCAAACUGCUGUGAAGGAGAAGCUCUCCGCCUGAACCUCACAAUCCACUCCUCUUGGUCAGUGGGGGAAAUCCGUCAGGUGAUCAUCGAUGCCAAGAAGGACUCCGGAGAGACCUCCAGUGUACCCCGCGGUCUUGCGUCGAUGACUCUCGACCAAUUGAAGUCCCAGGCGCAGGAGCUCGAGAUUCCGGUUCCCCAUCGCGCCACGAAAGGGCAGCUCCAGAUGAUGAUUCGAGAUCUGGUCACGCGGGACAAGGCGGAGGCUGUGGUCACGUUUGGCAGACACCGCGGCAAAUUGUUCAAGGAAGUGCCAUCCCAGUACUUGGAAUGGGCGAUGAAGGAAGUCCAGGCGCGCGGGACGGACAACUCGGGUCCGGAUCUGGUGAGCUUGGCGAAUUACGCCAAAAGCAUCUUCGAGCCGGAGCCGCAGGUGAUGUACGAUCCGGAGCUGGACCCCAAGGUCCCCUUGCCGUCGGAGAGCAGUUCGUGCUGGGAGAGCCAUUGGUCGGAGCUGACGGAAACAGGGGUGCGGAUGAACCAGAAAGCUGGCUAUCGAGAGGAGGCGGCGCAGCUACCGAAGGCCUCGCCCAAGAAGCGAGCCACAGCGGAGGGAUCCCAGGCGACCCCCGGGAGCAUGGAUCAGGAUGUGCCCAAGGAAGUGAAGGAUGAAGAGCUCGAUGAGGGCUUCGAUGAGCCUUUGGAGGAGCCUGGGGAAACCUUUGUUGCCAUGACUACCGAUCAGGGGGAAUGUAUGGAGGCGGCCACUCCUGAGAUUUUCUAUGAGGCACGCGAGGUUCCUGCUGAGGACGAGAUCAAAGGAGCAUCCCUCGAGCAUUUUGCCAAGGUUGACAAGACCACCAUCCUGCAGAAGAUCAAGCUCUCCGAUGGUUCCGAGGCUGAGGGUGAAGUUAUCGACACAUGUGAGCAUAUGAUCAGCUUCAAUCCAAAGACGAAGCACGCAGUCGAAGCAACAUCCACAAUACCAUCGAAACUGGCGAACUUCGUGUACUCCGCCUCGGUCAUGUUCCUGGACUACAUUGUCCCCAAACAUGUUCAGUCGGCUCUUACUCGAUUACAUCAGAACCUCGGGCACCCUCGUAUCGUGGACAUGUUGAGACACUUGCGCUAUGCCGGGGCAGACGAAGGGGUGUUGAAAGCCUGUAAGAAGAUGCGAUGUGAAGUUUGUGCAAGGAACCAAUCUACACAAGUGGCGAGACCAGCAACCCUACCAUCGCUCCUUGACAUGAACCAGUUGGUCAGCGUCGACGUGUUCCAUGCCUUUGAUGCGAACCGGGUUCGACAUGAAUUCCUCUCUGUCAUAGACCAUGCUACUACCUUCCACUUGGUCUGUGAGAUUGAUGGCCAUUCUGCUGAAGCGUUUUGUCGGAGCUUCACUCAGUUGUGGGGUAACACCUUCGGGGCACCAGGAACAAUCUCGGCUGACUUAGAAACCGGCUUGCAGGGUGGCAUCACGAAGUAUGCGGAAUUCUUCGGAAGCAAUCUCCGGAGCUCUGCAGGAGAUACUUCGUCGUGUGAUCAUGAGAAAUCCAUCACCAGUGAAGACAUGUACUUGGCAGUGCAGGCGGCUGUUUUCGGACGUGACCCACGAUCGCCCGAAGAACUCUGUGGCGGAAAUGACGAGGACCGGUUCAUUGAAGUUCUUUCUGCAGACAGACGACGGCAACGGGAGGUCAGCAUUAGAACGGCUGCUAAGAUGGCUUUCUUUCGUAGUCAGACCGAUUCCAAGUUCAGAAAGGCGUUGAUGCAACGCAGCCGCAUCAAGAGAGGGGGCUAUGCCGUAGGUGAGCUCGUGAGUUUCUACCGCAUUGAGAAAGUGGCCACCAAACGCGGCUCCUGGCGAGGACCUGGAACCAUCAUAGGAUCAGAAGGGGGGAACUGGUGGGUUUCUUUCGGCGGUCGUUGCCAUCUUGUCGCGGAGGAACAUAUGAGACCCUCGACUCCCGAGGAGGUCGGUGAUAUACUGACUACAAAGGUUGCUCGCGACGAAUUGGAGAAACUACUCAACCUUGACCCCAAUGAUCCCGACACCUACGCACCAUCCGAGGAUUACGAACCUUCUGAACCUGCCGGUGAACCAGAUGGCGUUGAUCCUGGACAAGAACUUCUUCCUGUACCUGAUGAAGAUAUGGUCGAGGACAUGGAUUUCUCUGUAGAGCUUGAAGGUGAACCGUUUCCGGAGUUGCUAGGAGAAGAAAACCAAACCGCACCCAGUGUACCCGGACCAGUUCGGCGACGAGUUCGCCACAAGGCUUCAGAACCUUAUGUUCACUCCGUUCACAUGAUGAAGAGGUGCCAAACUGAUCGUGCGCUUGAGAAGGCCUUAGAGAAGGAGUUGCCAUGGAAACUCAUUCCUGCCGAGGAGCAUGAUGCUUUCAGACGUGCAGAAGAUAAGCAGUUUCAAGAACAUCUGGACCACAAGGCCCUCGCUCCUAUCAGUGUUGAAGAAUCCGCGGAAGUGCUUGCCAACACUGACCCGUCCAGAAUCCUGACUUCUCGUUUUGCAUACCGCGAUAAGCACUGGUCCCGCAGGAAGCUCGAUCCAUCAACUCCCUGGAAACACAAAGCGAGAUUAGUGGUUUCAGGACACAAGGACCCGGAUGUGAAGUACCUUGAGACAGAUGCGCCGACAAUCAAUCGCCUAACCAUCCUGACGUUGCUCCAGGUCCUGGCCAGCCGACGGAAGACCGACGACUGGGAGGCAGCAGCAGGCGACAUCACUGCCGCCUUCUUGAAUGGAGAUGAUAUGGACCGUGUUCUUUAUCUCCGACAACCGAGGUUGUCCAGUCAAGUGAGGGAGUGCCUCUCGAAAACGUUCCCAGUCGACGAUUGGGAGAUUGACACGUUUGAGUACAUUGGCUCACACAUACAUGUGUCUGAUGAGGGUGUGCUUGUUAACCAAGAGGCUUACGCAAGCUCGCGACUGUUCGAGAUCCCGAUUGAGAAGGGUCAGGUCGAUCUAGAUCCAGCAACUGAAGAACAGCGCAUUGACAAUCAGUCGUUGAUAGGUGCUUUAUCAUGGCUCAGUAGCCAAUCUCGUCCUGACCUCCAAUGCUCUGUAUCCCUGGCACAACAAUGUCAGAAAGCUCCGACUGUUGAAGAUAUUAAGUUCACGAACAAGAUUGCAAAGAGAGCUUGGGAGUUCCGGCAGAAAGGAAUCUGGUUGAGGCCAUUGGAUCUGUCAAAGCUUGAAUUCUUGGUGUAUCAUGAUUCGGCCUGGGCCAACGCGCUCUUAGAGGGUGAGGAUGAAUUUAUUCUUACUCCAGAAGAGCAUUCGGCUGGUGUGAUGAACGACGGACCGUUUCAACACAAAGACAGAAAAGCUAAAAGAGCCAAUUCUCGUGUUGCAAGCCAGAUGGGUAUCUUGAUUGUUCUAUCGGAUCAAGAUCAAGUCGCUCAAGGGGGCGGCACUGGUUGCAUUUUGGACUGGAAAUCUUCUGCCAAUCCAAGGGUGUGUAGAUCUACUUUUGGUGCCGAGACGACUGCAUGCUCUGAAGCCGUCGAGUUGGGGCAGUAUGUGAGGUCUUUCGUGAUGACCAUUCUGAGCGGCGAGCUCAAAAGAGUGGAACAGCUGGCAGGUGGACAAUUCCGAUGUAUCACCGAUUGCAAGUCUUUGUAUGACCACCUCCACCGUGACGGGAUCCCUAGGAUUCCUUCCGAUAAACGGCUAGCCAUAGACCUUGCUGCCUUGAGACAGACGUUUUCUCUUGAGCGCAUUGAAGACCGAAUCCCGCUCUUCUGGGUCCCCACUAGCUUCCAGUUAGCCUAUAUCCUCACUAAGCCUAUGGGCCCUGACGACUGGUGGGGUACGAUCUUCAAUCGCAUCAGGCUUCCCUUCGUGAAAGCGGGCUAA